AUGCCAAAGGACAAAUUGAGCUACGAUUCCUCGCUGCCGCCAUUCCUGCAACGACUUCAUGAACAAAAGGCUGGGCGAGGAGACACGGACCGUCACGAGCAGCCCAUCGCGCGUGCAAAGCGCGUCAAAGAUCCCAAUGAGGACGAUGGCCCAACUGUUGUCGACGAGAGCGGUGAAACGCUGAGUAAGGAAGAAUACGAGAAACUUCAGAAAGCCAAUGCUGGCGUGGACGAUACCUCUAACGUAAAGGGAGAGAGUGACCCGGCCGCCGAGCCGAAGAUGUCAGGCGCUCUUCCGGAGGACUCCCUGCACGGUAAAAACGUCAAGGUCACUGACGGCACUGCGCAAAAGAAACGCAAAGCAGCAAAAGUGGUUGGCAACGAUGACGAAUCCCAGAUUGAUGGCGAGACGACAUCUUCAGGCCAGAAGCAGUCCAAAAAGCCGAAAAAGAAACAAAAAUCAGUGAAGCUUGCGUUCAACGAUGAUGAUGGAGACUGA